AUGAUAGCAUAUUCAAAAUUUAAUGAAGUCUUGCUGUCAGACGUUAACUUGAUAACUUGUAAUGAAAAGGGACAACUAUUUAGAAAUAAUAUAAUUGAUGAGAUUGAUUUUUCAAAAGCUAUUGAUGAUUUCCCAUUCUUGCCAUUUAAGGAGUUGAAAGAUGCAAAGUGGGUUUUAGCAGAAUCUAGUGCUAUAUGGGCUCAUGUCUUACUGCAAAACCCAAAUUUUAUUAAUCAACAAUUGGUUACUUCAUAUUUGAAUAUUGCCAGUAAUAUUGGAGAUUUGGAAGAUUUUAAAGAUAGAUAUCAAAAUACAACAUUUUUGAAUGAAAAAGAUGCUCCUACUAAUCGUAAUUUUCAAGUAUUCAAUGAGACUAAGGCUGCUGAUAAAGACUAUUACAUUGCAAGUCCAUCAAAUUCAAAUUUGGUUACGAAAUCUCCCAUACUUUCAAGUUUGAUCAAUUCUUUAGAAAACCAAAAUUUAAAAGUUUCAAGAGAUACCAUUAUUUAUAUUGUGUGUUUGAAGGCUGCUAGAAAAUCUAAGAACCUUGAUUUUAUUAAUCAGAUUAUUUACGAGAGAGGAAUAUACAGAAAAUCUGAGGAUUUUAGUAAUUUAUCCACAAACUCCCAAAAAGAGCUUGAUUUUAGUUUUGCCUCAGCCUUAUGUGAAACAUACUCAACUUUGAAUAUGCUAGAUGAUGCAAUGUCGAUUGUUUUAUCCACCGAAAAUAGAUUUUCAUGGACCUUCAAACAAUUAAAACAUUUGAAAAUUAAAGCUGAAAAUAUCGAAGAUAAUCAUAUCAUAAAUGAAAUUAAUAGAAUUUUGAAAAGUUGA